UUUUCUGUGCUCUCCUCGCACAACCAGCGGCCAUUUUACACAGCAAGCCUCGAGAGUGCAGGGUACCAGCUCAUCUUUAGUUUUUGAAUAUAGUGCGUUAUUUCACGUUAUCUACUACUCUCGAAAUUUUUUUAAAGGGUUUUCUAGUCUGCUUGUGUAAAAAUGUCUCGUAACCGUGGAGGAUUCCAGCACCGAGGCCGCGGAAUGAUCGGGAUGCGCGGUGGCAUGGGAAACCCUAACUUUCGAAAUCAAAACCAGCAUCCUUAUCAAAACCGAGGAGCCCAUAUGGGUGGCGGGUUUAAGCCGAAUCAGGGAAACCAACCCAACCAGGCUUCUACGCCACAGAAGCCGCAAGUACCCAUUCAGAACAAGCCAGUUGUCCAAUCACCUCCGGCGCCAGGCCCUGGUCUGGCCCAGCAGAGCAGCAACAAAGGCCCGUCCCCACAGCAGACCACCAGUCCCGCUCAACCGAAAAUCCAAUCUCCACCGCCGCAGAAUACAGUGAAGACCCCGGACCUCGGUUCCCCACAGAACCAGCCCAGAAAGAACCAACCCAAAGUCGUGGUGGGAAAUGGCCAAAAACCGCCUGUUCCCGUGAAAAAAGAGGCCGAGCAGACGCCAGCACCAACACCACCACAGCAGCAGCAACAACAACAGAUUAUCAAGAGCGAAGAGCGCUCUCAGACUCAGGAAUUGAAGGCAACGCUGUCUUUGCUGCGCAAGCCCGGGGAGAAGACCUACACUCAACGUUGCCGUCUGUUUAUUGGGAAUUUACCAAACGACAUCACUGAACCUGAAUUCAGAAAAUUGUUUGCAAAAUAUGGGGAGCCCAGUGAGAUUUUCAUCAAUCAAAGCAAAGGUUUUGGAUUUAUCAGACUGGAAUCCCGUGCCCUGGCAGAGCUCGCAAAAGCUGAACUGGAUGAUAUUCCGAUGAAAGGCAGACCACUUAGAGUUCGUUUUGCCACUCAUUCUGCUGCACUUUCUGUGCGCAACUUGUCUCCUUUUGUGUCCAAUGAACUGCUGGAAGAAGCCUUCUCUCAGUUUGGAAUGGUGGAAAGGGCUGUGGUUAUCGUAGAUGACCGUGGCCGCUCAACAGGGAAGGGCAUUGUUGAGUUUUCUUCAAAGCCAGCUGCACGGAAGGCUAUUGAUCGGAUCAAUGACGGAGUGUUUCUUCUCACAUCGUCUCCUCGUCCAAUUGUGGUUGAAUUGUUAGAGCAGUAUGAUGAUGAGGAUGGUUUGCCAGAGAAGCUUGCACAGAAGAACCCAAGUUAUCAGAAGGAGCGAGAGCAGCCUCCUCGGUUCGCUCGUCCUGGCAGCUUUGAGUUUGAAUACUCCCAGCGAUGGAAGUCUCUUGAUGAGAUGGAGAAACAACAGAGGCAGCAAGUGGAGAAAAACAUUUGUGAAGCCCGUGAGAAGCUGGAAGGAGAGAUGGAAGAUGCCUAUCAUGAGCAUCAAGCAAACAUGCUGCGACAGGACCUUCUUAGACGUCAGGAGGAACUUCGUCGCAUGGAAGAGAUGCACAGUCAGGAGAUGCAGAAACGUAAAGAGAUGCAGCUCAGGCAAGAAGAAGAACGCCGUAGGAGAGAGGAGGAGAUGAUGCGGCAGAGAGAAAUUGAAGAACAGAUGAGGCGCAAACGUGAGGAGUCUUACAGAAUGGGCAACUUUAUGGAUAAUAGAGACAGGGAGAUGAGAGGGAAUCCUAGUGGAGGCCUGGGAUUGGCUGAUAUGGCGUUUGGGUCACCCGGCCAAAAGUUCCCAUUGGCAGGAAUGAAUUUUGAAGGACACCAGGGAAUGGGGGGACAAGCAUCAGGGGGCAUGGUGCCCAACGAAAUGCGCAAUGAGCGUUUCCUGCAAGGUGGCCCAGGGGGUCCAAGGGGCAUGGGUGGUGGAAACCCAGGAUUUGGCAGGGUCCGUGAGGAAUAUGACGGAUCUGCCAAGAAGCCACGCUUCUAAUCUGGCACUUUAAAAUCAAAGUUUGUGUGUGGAAAUCCAGAGGCUCGGUUCUGGGGUCACAAUUGAUGUAUUUAAGUUUAAAGAAUUUUCUUGCAGUUUUAGCCUGAAAACUCAUCCCCUUUGUGGCAAGACUUUUUUUCAUCCUAUUUUUAUUUUGUAUUCUUAAUAGGUUUAAUAAAACCAUGGACUAAUGGUUAGCACUGGCUUAGUGCUACAGACAUGUAAUCCCCUUUCUUACUAGUCUUUAUCUUGUCAUGUUACUUGUGUUAUACUGGUGAAUAUUGUAAGUUGUUCUGAUCUUGCUAUGGCUGUGUUCUGUGCCAUUCACAUUUAAAAUACUACAUGUACAUUUUCAAUAAAGAGUGCAGUUUGUUUUCCAAAACCCCAAUCAGGUGUUCUUGGCACAAUGAUUACAUUUGUGAAGUAUCAGGCAUCGGAGACCAGACACGUAUAUAAGACAGGCAUUUAAUGCAUUUUUUCCAUCUGAAAAGUUGUUGCAUAUGGACCCCCUUAUAUUACAAUUUAAAGGGGUGGUUGAUAAGCUUUUUUUUUUUCUUCUCCCGAAGGCUUUGUGUUCAGUGGAGUGCAGUGUAAUGUGAUCAUGCUUUGUUUUUAAAAACUGCAUUAUUUUAAUUUUAGUUUAUUUUAAGUUCCUGAUUCUAAGCCCUUCCAUCAGAAAUGCACAGCAUUCGUUAAUCAGGUUGUCCAAAAUUGUCACACACCCUUACCAUUAUGGGUAGUUUCAUGUUUCCGGGGCCAGGUUUGAUGUAAACAUCUGGGUUAGUGAAAUGUUUUAGUCCAUAAACCUUUUUUUCUCUUUUUCGUCAAACCGCAGUUUUUGCAAGUACCCGCAAUUUCAUAGCAUAAUAUUGCAAAAAUAUCCCGCAUAUUCCAUCGCAUUUUUCAAGAAAACCUGCCGCAAAAUCAAGGAUUUUUGCCCGCAACAAUCACAAAAAUAAUCUGCGUUUUUCUGGAGGGACUGAUACUACAGAUAUAAUUACAACUAAGUUUUUGGUACUGUUGUGUAACAAAACAGUGCAAUCGUACAACUAUAAAGUUGAAUCGUCUUCUGAAUGAAACUACAACAGUGUUAGUAGCCUAGUGAGAAGGGGGUGUUGGGGAAUCACCUUUUUUUUCUCUAUUUCAUCAAACCGCAAAUUCUCGCAAUAUAAUUUGGCUCCACUGUCAUGUUACAAAUCGGGAAACUGCUUCGCGCUUAUUUUUGUUGGCAUAUAAGAAUGAUUUGUGCGCUUCAAAUUUCACCCUGGUUUCACCGCGGAGUUUGCAGAUGAUGUUCACGUCACGUAAUUACGUCACUUCAUAAGGUUCCCAUGGCAAUAGGGGGAAAAUGGUGCUUUACUUGUGUGAAGUAAACGCAACAUUUUUCAACUUUCUGCUAAUAUAUAUGUGAGUAUUUUGCAAUGAAAAUACAGGGAUUAUGAAAUCAUGCUAGCCCCGCAUAUUUUGCUUGCUGAAAUCUGCGAUUUAUGUGGCAAAAGAGCGGCGUAUUUGAAAGAAAUUUGACCCCGCACAAAUAUGCGGCCUUUGGCUGAUUAUGUAUUAAAUCAGGCGAUCGCAUAAUCGCGUUUUUCUGGAGGGACUGUCUAACAGCAACAUUACACACUAACUAAAGUUAAAUCUGAAUCCACCACCCCAUUUAAAGCUUGUAUUUAUCAUUGACUUUUUGGAAACCUAGCUUAAACGGUUUAACUUGGGUUUUUUGAAAAUGUUUACUUUGGUUUACAAAUUAUGCCCAUUUCACUCAUACCAGUGUUUCCCACACACAGACUUUACUUGGGCAGCCCGCCCAGGUAUAUUACUGGUAGCCAAAGUAUAUUUGGAGAAACAUUUUUACUUGUAUUAGUUUUAUCGCCUUACACUUUUUUUUUUUUUAUCCACCCGCAAUAAUUAAACUCUGCAAUCGAUUAACUAGUGAAAAACUCCCCUCUCCCUACAUGUUUGUAUCUGCUCGUUCUGUAUAUGUGAGAACAGUUUACUCCUAUUGACAUUUCCAUGUGCACUGCAGAGAUGCAGUGGAUAUUUCACAGACAACCACAUGGCUUGAUAGUGUGCGCUUCAGUCACAUUUGCAACAAAAUAGAUGUGUGCGAACUGUAAAAUGUAAUUGAGACAUGCACAAAUAAAGCAAAAUACCUCCGGGUGAAUUUACUUGAA